CAUUUAAGAGGCUUUCAAGGUGCACUGUCCAUCCCAGACCAGCUCUGCUUAUAGAGGAAAUCUGAUCUUCUGCAGCACGGAAACAUCAGCGGUGACCACAUCGAGACAAAUUCCUUAGGGAGCUGCCUGUUUUUAAGCCAAGUGUUCAUGAUAUGAUCCAUCUGGAUUACAGGGAUCAACAACCCUCUUGUGAAUAAUGGUUAAAAACGGAUCCCACCUGGACACUGAAACACUGGCAAUGCUCCAGAAUAAAGCUAUCUCCAUCACCCUCCCAGUUGUGUAUACACUGGUGGCUUUGAUCAGUAUCCCUGGCAACUUGUUCUCCCUUUGGGUGCUCUGCUGGCACAUCAAACCCAAAACACCUUCUGUCAUCUUCAUGAUCAACCUAAGCAUCACAGAUCUCAUGCUCGCCAGCUGCUUUCCCUUCCAGAUUUCUUAUCACAUCCAAGGCAACCACUGGAGCUUUGGCAAGACUCUUUGCAGCCUCGUAACUGUGAUGUUCUACUCCAACAUGUAUUCUUCCAUACUGACCAUGACCUGCAUCAGCAUUGAGCGGUACAUGGGUGUGGUAUAUCCCAUGAAGCUGAUCAAGUGGAGAAGAAAAAGAUAUGCCCUGGCUGCCUGCCUAGGUAUGUGGAUGUUCUUGCUACUAGCCUUCUACCCACUAGAAAGCACAGAUCUGACCUAUGAAGUGAAAGAAUUGGGGAUUAUAACCUGUUUUGAUGUCCUCAAGUGGGAUAUGCUGCCCAAUUUCGCAGCCUGGGUAGUCUUUCUCCUCACACUAUUCGUCGUGCUUUUCCUGAUCCCUUUUGUUGUAACAGUUGGAUGCUAUAUUGGCAUAAUUCGGAAGCUUAUUCAGACAUCGAACAGAUAUGGUAACAGGCAGAAGACUAGAUCCAUAUACCUGGCGAUAAUAGUCCUUCUAGUAUUUGUUACCUGCUUUGCCCCCAAUAACUUUAUCCUACUUGUGCAUAUGAUCAUCCGCCUGUUUUAUGGCUGGAGUUUGUACCCUGCCUACAAGCUCACCUUAUGCUUCAGUUGCCUCAACAACUGCAUAGAUCCCUUCAUUUAUUAUUUUGCAUGCAAAGAAUUUUACAGGAAAUUCAUGGAAGUGUUUCGUUCUAAGGUUCUGCUCAGCGACAGUUUGGAAACCAGAAGGGAAAGCUUGUUCUCUGGCAGGACCAUGUCAGCCAGGUCGAUGUCAAGCGGACCUAUGGAUGGAUUAGAGGGAGUGAAGGUCUAUUUGCAAAGGCGGGAGAGCGUUUUUUAGCCUUAGACAUCCCUAGAAGAAAGGCAUGACAUCCAUGAGCAGACACAGAAAACAUUUCUUUUUGAAUAGCUACCCUCAAAAUACCUUGCUCCAGUGACAGACCCUCAACACAUACUUGUAUUGUGCAUCCUACUUCAGU